AUAACGUAUCUGGUUAAAAUCUGCCGUCCCGGAAAUAGAAUAAAAGAUAUUUUAAGUGUUGUUGCUGUUGUUUUUUUCGUCAUAAAGUUUGGGUAAUUUAUCAAUUGAAGACUGGAGUAUGUAUAACGCAGCAUUAUAACGGAUUCUAAUGUCAUAAAAAUACGAUGAACAACAAAACCAACGUUUCGCGUUAAAUAAACGUUGUUUUGAAAGAAAUAUUAUUUUCUAUGUGCAUAUUUUGUGAUUAUUUAUUGACAUAAUAAACAGUUGAAUUCGUUAGCACCUGUUUAAAAAGUGUAAAAAAAUGGUUGCCUGGUCGACUGUGAUAAUUCCGGACGGAAACAGCUCGUCUUCUGAUGAAUCGUUAAAACACGGAAACACGAAACACGCAGAAACGCUGGAUGACACUCUGAAAUGUUACGUCUGCGAUGAAUUUUUCACCAAACCUAGAAUUCUUCCGUGCGGACACUCGUUUUGCUCGGAGUGCGUCCUAAAAUUGCGGGAAAAUGCGGUGAGCGAGUUCAACAAGUCACGUGACCAAAAUGCUCACAGGCGAGGGGACUGUGGGUAUUUCUCGUGCCCCUGGCCGAAUUGUCACUACACCAUGAGAAUAAUGAACGUAAACAGAUGGACGCUGAAAAACAGGGCGCUCGCUAAGGCGGUCUCAUUGGCAAAAAAGCGGGAGAAAGAGAAACAGGAAACAAGCGUCCAGACUGAUACAGAUUGGUCGCAGACAAUCGUCAAUAUAUCAUCUGCAGUCACAAAUCCGUUCGGAAAGCGCAACAAUUUACAGAAAAGGCAACCGGAAAUGUCGAUUCCGGACGUCAUUUACGCAUGCACGGUGAAAAACGCCGUGUCUAAGGAAAGUCUUACGGAAUCGACACAUUGGCGUCUGCCGCAAGAGAAUGGCGGGAAAAGCUCCACGUGGUCCUCAUACGUUUUUCUCGCGGGAAUGGCUUUAGUUGACCAGGUUCUGAAGCCAUUUUGACUGACAAAAAACAAUAAUUGCUGACGAUGUUUUAAUGUUCCUUGUGUAGAUUUUCAUUGUCCGCACCAUCCGUAACAUAAUAAUUGAAUCGCCAACAUUGUAAUUGCUUUCUAUGCGUCUAUAUGUACAAAAACGCAAAUUGGCUAGGGCUAAUUAAGCCGGGUUUCGAUACUUUCGGGCAAAAUUUAUUUGACUGGUGCCGAUCGUUAAGAGUAAAUUAAAACCUAUUAGUGAACUAUUUCCCACUUCUCUUGGGUUCAUUAACGUUAAAGGACCAUAUACUUGUGCGCUCGAAACACGAUCUAUCGUAAUUGAAUGCGCCGCUCAAUCCCAUUACAAGGUUUAUUUGCAUUAAAACAACAAAGAAUGCUGCAUUUAUCACGAUUUUCGCACACAUGGUAACGCGGUUUGCCUAUUGCGAUUGUAAACAAACUGGACCUAUUGCGAGUAAAUCGCUAUGUAAAUAUGCACGUAUGAAUACAAACGAAUUUGUGUUGAGACUCAAUAAAGGCGUCUAGACUGCGUGUUAUUAACACAAUAAGAUACGUUAUAAACACUAAUACUAGUGUGUCUUUAGUCAUCAAAAUCGCGUUUUAAUGAAUAUUCGGUUGUUUUUCGUUACAAGUUCUAACAGUAGAACGUAAAAAACCCUGCACAAAACUGUAUUCACAAAAGUCGUUUACAAAAUUUCGCGUCAUUGUCCAUGGGGACGUUUCAAUACACAUCGUAGUACACAUUUUCGAUACAUUUUUCGAAGAUACAUAAUUGCUAAAGGCCAUAUCAUAUGAUUAUAAAUUUUAAGUACUUAAUUAAUUACAUUGGCAUCUCAAGCGCCUUAUAUAUAUGACGAGCAUGGCGAGAUAUUUUGUCUACUUAUUAAGAUUACAAAAUUCUCUCGUUAGUUAAAAUUGUCGUUAAAAUUGUCGUACGAUCGUUUAUGAAACGGCCCCCAGAUUUGCUCAACAAGCUUCCUGAACCAGCCUCAUUACGUGCGUGGUGAUUGGGAAUGAAAUCCAUUGUAAAUGCCCUUCUUCUGAUUUCAGUUGAUCAUAUGCUAGUUAGUAAGAAAAGUUUGUGCAUUUAGUACUGAAAAACCAUAUAGCCCAGAAAAAGUGAGUUGGCUUACUGACCGCCUUGAAAUGACUGAUGAAAACGGCGAAAAAAAACACGAACUAAAGAGGCCAACAAACAAACUUAGCCCAGGACAGUGAGUUAGUUAACUGACCGCCAGGACAUGACUUAAAUACUGUUGAAAACGACGAAAACACAAUCUAAACAAUAGCACUACCCAGCACGUGGGGGCGUUCUCCGAUACCUAUUUACUUUUUUUUUCGAACCUAGUGUACGGAGAACGCCUAGCAAAAACGUGGCUUUAGCUUGCCUUCAAUGUUUACCGAUCUGUAUAGCAGUGAUUUUGGAAUAUGGAUUUUGUUAUACAUAUGUUUAAUGUGUUUGUAACACAUUGUUUAAUAACUUACUAGACAGUUUAUGCAAGUAUUUCAUGUCAACCAUUGCACGGGUUAUAGCACGUUGUCACCCAAUUCAUGUUGAUUGCACACAGUCCACAGCAAUUGCUAUGACAGCUAACAUAUGCGGAUAAACUUCCACUGUAAAAUACGAUGUCGUAUGUAUGUACAUGCUACCUAGUUACUAUUUGAUCGGCGUCAUGCGAAAAAGGGGCUUAAGCAAUUAGCGGCCAGUCUGAUCAGAAGCUGCACUGUCCUCUGUAAAGUCAUACAAGGUUUCUCGGUCUCAUAAGCGGACAGGGUUGCUUCUCACGGAUGCGCAUGAUUGGUCUGGAGCUACAUUGGCCGCAUAAGUCAUAAGACACAAUUUCGCACGACGCCGCUUAUUUAAAUGCAAUUGUGUUGCAUAUCACUUACUCUCACAUUCGACUCUUUAUGUGCACCAUAUGUCAGGUGAUAUAAUACUAUAUACGCCUCGCUCUGAGAAAACCAGGCUUAAUUCAUAUGCGUAGUGUUGUCCCAGAAACUCCUGUUUAUGCGGAAAAUGUCGUCCCUGAUUAGCCCGUGCGCAUUGCGUAUGCCAAUCUGGGACGACUCGUGCACGUUUUUCCAGAGCGAGGCACACAUUCAAUCCCAUAUGUUUGGUCACCAAGGACGAUGGAAGUCAAAAUUGAUGUGAUGUAUAUUUAACACUUGCUAUUUCUUUCAUGUUUUCGUAAUUUCGUUUCGAAAAUCGCUUAUAAAGUCGACAAGUUGUGUAACCCACGUGUAUCCGUUUCGUAUUACCGGUACACGAACGGAGUGUUGACACGUUCCAGUAUCACAAUGCACACACGGUACUUGAAGCAAUCUGUAGAGAUGGCACUGCCAGGCGAUUGUUGGAAGAAAUAGCAUACUGGUCAUGUACGUAAUUCCGGCCUGUACGUAAAAAAUCGGCCACCUAUGUAAAACCAUUUUCUUG